GCGACGAUCCUCCCGACCCUUUUCAACCUCGGCCUCUGGCUCCCUGGGGGGGAUAGUUGGACAAAGCUAUGUCUCGGCUACUCCAGGCAGCUGCGACACCUCCUCAUGCCCCAGAUGCACAGCCAGGAUUGCCUGAAGGUACCAGUACCAAUGGUACAUCUGAUGACGGGAUGCUGGAGCCUGGAACUGGAGGCUGUAAAGGCCCGCCUGGGGCUCCUUACGUCGCUCGUCAAGGCAUGCCCGCAUACGCUGUGGGCAGCCCUACAAACGGAGGGAAGCUGGCUGCAGACCGUCCAGGAUGACCUGAAGCUCAUCAGGCAGAAGGACGAUGAUUGGCCAGAGCUUGGUGAAGCCCACUGGCCGGAGUGGUGGCACCUAAUCAACAGGACCACUGCUCGCUUCAAACGGCGUGUCAAAGCGGCCCUGCAGAAGAUGCACGAGCGAGCCUGCGAGGACAAGCUUGCUGGACUGGACGGAAGCGGUCUGGUUUUGCCGCCAGUGUGUGCCAAGGGCACAGUUUGUGGUUCUUGCGGGCGCCAAUACUGGACCCAAGCCCGGCUCGCCGUCCACCUACGUGAUACCCCAGCGUGCUUGCUCACACUCCGCAAUACCGGAAGGACCGCGUCCGAAACAGCCCCAGGCUUCGGAAGCAGAGCUUGGAAAGCCAGGGCGGACGAAGAAUUCACACUGGCACCGUCGUGCCAGGUCCAGGACCCUCUACAACCGGCUCUGGAAUGGCGCUGGGACGAAGUGCAGACCGAAGACCACAGGGAGAUCAGCCUGGAGCUCCUCGACAAGGACAGGUGGUGCGCCUACCAGGACGUCGUCGAGCUCCUGGGGAAUGUCUUCGUCACCAAGGCCCUGUACCGAGCUGAGGAGCUGGAGGUCGUCGACUACUUGGACACGGAG